AUGCCUACGGACAUCCCGAUGGGGGGGGAUGAGGAGGACGAAGCUACAUACGCUCCGCAGGCGGAGGGAGAGGAGAAGGAUCUGACCAGCGAUGGCGGAGUGAAGAAGCUGAUUGUGAAGGCAGGCGACGGCUGGGACAAGCCCGAGGCUGGAGAUGAGGUGUCAGUGCACUACACCGGGACCCUUUUGGACGGAACCAAGUUUGAUUCCAGCGUUGACAGAGGAGAGCCGUUCAACUUCAAGUUGGGACAAGGCCAAGUCAUCAAGGGAUGGGACAAGGGUAUCGCAUCCAUGAAGAAAGGCGAGAAGGCCGUGUUUACAAUCAAACCCGAGUACGCUUAUGGCGAGGCGGGUUCCCCGCCGACCAUUCCGCCGAACGCGACGCUCAAGUUUGAGGUAGAGCUGCUGUCGUGGAUCAGCGUGAAGGACAUCUGCGGCGAUGGCGGCGUGUUCAAGAAGAUUCUCGUCGAGGGCAAGAAGUGGGAGACGCCCAAAGACAUGGACAAAGUCACAGUGAAGUACGAGGUGCGGUUACACGACGGCACGGUGGUAACCAAGACGGGCGACGACGGCGAGCAGUUCUACCUCAAGGACGGCCACUUGUGUGCGGCUCUCCCGCGCGCAAUCAAGACGAUGCACCAGGGAGAGAAGGUUCUGCUCACCGUGAAACCCCAGUACGGUUUUGGAGAAGCCGGCCGUCCAGAGACUGACGGCCAGCCGGCAAUCCCGCCGAACGAGACGCUGAGCAUCGACCUGGAGCUGGUGAGGUGGAGAAAGGUGGAGAAGGUUACAGAGGACGGCAAGGUCAUGAAGGAAGAGAUCGAGGCUGGGGAGGGGUACGAGCGACCCAACGACGAGUCUGUUGUGAAAGUGCGCUACACUUUGCGGCUCGAGAACGGAACAGUGGUGGAGGAGAAGGGCAUGGGCGAUGGGGAGGACCCGUUCGAGUUCACCACAGAUGAAGAGCAAGUCGUGCCUGGGCUGGAUAAGGCUGUGAUGAAGAUGAAGAAGGGAGAGCUUGCCACUGUCACCAUCGCCCCAGAAUACGCCUACGGCUACGAGGAAAAGACCCUGGAAAAAGGCUCUGUCCCGGCUAACUCUACUUUGGUUUACGAGCUUCGGCUGGUUGAUUUUGUCAAGGAUAAGGAAUCCUGGGAGCUUGGGGAUGAGGAGAAGGUCGCACAUGCAGCGAAGAAAAAGGAGGAGGGUAACGUGCUGUUCAAGUCCGGAAAAUACGUCCGGGCAGCGAAAAAAUACUCGAAGGCGCUGAAGCUGAUCGAGUACGACACACAGUUUAAGGAUGAGGAGAAGAAGGCGUGCAAGGUUCUGAAAGUCUCGUGCGGUUUGAACGAGGCUGCAUGCCAGCUGAAACUGAAGGAUUUCCCGGCGGCAGUGAAGCUGACGAGUAAGGUGCUGGAGCUGGAGGGGACGAACGUGAAGGCGCUGUAUCGGCGCGCCCAGGCGUAUAUGGGCACGGAGGAUUAUGAUUUGGCAGAGUGGGACGUGAAGAAGGCCCUUGACCUCGACCCUGAGAACAGGGACCUGAAGCUGGAGUACCGGCAGCUGAAGCGCAAGAUUGCAGAGCAGAACCAGAAGGAGAAGAAGAUCUAUGGCAACCUGUUCGCUCGCCUGCAUAAACUCGAGGAGAAGGAGGGCACCUCGCAGGCGCCUGACUGGAACGUGCGAGCCAUCAUCCAUGCUCACCCCCCACUUCAGUCUCGAGCCAUCAUCGAUGCUCACCCCCCACUUCAGUCUCGAGCCAUCAUCGAUGCUCACCCCCCACUUCAGUCUCGAGCCAUCAUCGAUGCUCACCCCCCACUUCAGUCUCGAGCCAUCAUCGAUGCUCACCCCCCACUUCAGUUUCGAGCCAUCAUCGAUGCUCACCCCCCACUUCAGUUUCGAGCCAUCAUCGAUGCUCACCCCCCACUUCAGUCUCGAGCCAGCAUCGAUGCUCACCCCCCACUUCAGUCUCGAGCCAUCAUCGAUGCUCACCCCCCACUUCAGUCUCGAGCCAUCUUCGAUGCUCACCCCCCACUUCAGUCUCGAGCCAUCAUCGAUGCUCACCCCCCACUUCAGUCUCGAGCCAUCAUCGAUGCUCACCCCCCACUUCAGUCUCGAGCCAUCAUCGAUGCUCACCCCCCACUUCAGUCUCGAGGCAUCAUCCAUGCUCACCCCCCACUUCAGUCUCGAGCCAUCAUCGAUGCUCACCCCCCACUUCAGUCUCGAGCCAUCAUCGAUGCUCACCCCCCACUUCAGUCUCGAGCCAUCAUCGAUGCUCACCCCCCACUUCAGUCUCGAGCCAUCAUCGAUGCUCACCCCCCACUUCAGUCUCGAGCCAUCAUCGAUGCUCACCCCACACUUCAGUCUCGAGCCAUCAUCGAUGCUUUCCCGGACGUCCCCACUCUUGUCAACUUCGGGUUCCCAGACCAUCUGUGUGGCACAUGGCACCACAACUACACUCGCACGCACCAGGAGGAUCUUCAUUCUCGAGCCAUCAUUGACGCCUUCCCGGACGUCCCCACUCUCGUCAACUUCGGGUUCCCCGACCACCUCUGUGGGACGUGGCACCACAACUACACUCGCAUGCACCAGCAAAUCCGGGCAGCCAGCAAAAAUCCCUCCUCUGCCCCGCCGCCCGACACACCGCCCGUGAAAUUUCUCACCUUUGACGGCCUCAGCCACUGCGACAGCCUUGGGGAGACCCUCAUGGGGCUGACGUCAGCAUUCACUGUAGCCAUCCUCACUAACAGAGCCUUCGUUAUAAAGCACCCGUGCAUCCCCAUGGCGUUUGAACCAGCGCUGAUCGACUGGCAGCCCACAGAGGACGUCGGAUUCGAGCCGGUCAGAAACGAAACUUUUCCGUUGGACCCUCCUGACCAGGCGGUCGAUCCUCCAAUAGGAGAGAGCGACAUUGUGGAGAUAAAUCUGGAAAAAGAUGACAGGGCGAACCCGGAGAAGGUGUUUCUGCAGGUGGAAGCUGCGAGGAACCUGCGCGUGGUGUGGAACAAGGACUUGCUGGUGCAUAUGCUGAAGGACGUGAAGGGUUCUGCGUGGAAAGAAAAACUCCAGGAAAUGGGCAUCAGUAUCCCGUACUCGUUCGGCUGCUUCGUGCGAUACCUGCUGAGGAAAGGGCCUGCUGGUGCAUAUGCUGAAGGAUGUGAAGGGUUCGGCAUGGAAAGAAAAACUCCAGGAGAUGGGUAUCAGUAUCCCGUACUCGUUCGGCUGCUUCGUGCGAUACCUGCUGAGGGCCUGCUGGUGCAUAUGCUGAAGGAUGUGAAGGGUUCGGCAUGGAAAGAAAAACUCCAGGAGAUGGGUAUCAGUAUCCCGUACUCGUUCGGCUGCUUCGUGCGAUACCUGCUGAGGGGUUCAUUCAUACAAGGGGGUGAAUGGGUGGGUGUGGGGGGUUCAGAUAAGGGCAUCAGUAUUCCGUACUCGUUCGGCUGCUUCGUGCGAUACCUGCUGAGGCCCAAGCCGGAGGUGUGGCACAGGAUGCAACCGUUUGAGAAGCAGCUGAGGGGAGACAAGGUGGUGAGUAUCGGCAUGCACGUGCGGCAGUUUGGUCAAGGCCCCGCCCGCCCCAACGCCACCGUCAGCCCGGAGGAGUUGCAGAAAGGAAUGAGCGAUUCUGUGUGGCCGGCGUUUCAGUGUGCGGAGAAUUUGCAGAACUGGUGGUAUUCCAACGCCCUCACUGUGAAGUGGCUUGUUAUUAGCGACUCGCUGCAACUCAAACAAGAGGCCAUGAAAGGAAACGAGUCUAAGGUUUGUCAUCACCAAAUUCACCCCGCGAAUUCCCUUCCUCUUCCUCAGCCUCGGCGCCCCCUCAACGCACUUCUCCCUGUCAUGCCUUUUCCUGACUUCUAA